CGCUGACACCUUCCUGUAACAUCGCAUAGUCUUUGCGGUUGGCUAUGUGUGACGACGAGACAGUUGCGCUGGUAGUGGACAAUGGUUCCGGUAUGGUAAAGGGUGGCUUCGCCGGAGACGACGCCCCUCGUGCCGUCUUCCCCUCCAUCGUCGGCCGCCCCCGUCAUCAGGGUGUGAUGGUCGGCAUGGGUCAGAAGGACGCCUACGUCGGCGAUGAGGCCCAGAGCAAGCGUGGUAUCCUGACUCUCAAGUACCCAAUUCAGCAUGGCAUCAUCACCAACUGGGACGACAUGGAGAAAAUCUGGCAUCACACUUUCUACAACGAACUCCGCGUUGCUCCUGAGGAAUCUCCCGUCCUCCUCACUGAGGCUCCCCUCAACCCCAAGGCCAACCGAGAGAAGAUGACCCAGAUUAUGUUCGAGACCUUCAAUGCCCCCGCCAUGUACGUGGCCAUCCAGGCCGUGCUUUCCCUGUACGCCUCUGGUCGUACCACUGGUAUCGUUCUUGAUUCUGGUGAUGGAGUGUCUCACACUGUCCCCAUCUACGAAGGUUAUGCUCUUCCCCAUGCAAUUUUGCGGCUUGACUUGGCCGGCCGUGAUUUAACCGACUAUUUGAUGAAGAUCAUGACUGAGCGUGGCUACUCCUUCACGACCACCGCCGAAAGAGAAAUAGUUCGAGACAUCAAGGAAAAGCUUUGUUAUGUAGCCCUCGACUUCGAAGGUGAGAUGAACGUAGCUGCUGCUUCUUCUUCCUUGGAAAAGUCGUAUGAACUCCCUGAUGGUCAAGUGAUUACGAUAGGUAAUGAAAGGUUUCGAUGUCCUGAAGCCUUAUUUCAACCUUCCUUCUUGGGGAUGGAAUCUGUUGGUAUCCAUGAGACUGUUUUUCAGUCCAUAAUGAGGUGUGAUAUUGACAUUAGGAAAGACUUGUACGCUAAUAAUGUUCUUUCAGGAGGUACAACUAUGUACCCUGGUAUCGCUGACCGCAUGCAGAAAGAAAUCACAUCUUUGGCUCCUUCCACCAUCAAGAUCAAGAUCAUUGCUCCACCUGAACGCAAGUACUCCGUGUGGAUCGGCGGUUCCAUCCUGGCUUCUCUGUCCACCUUCCAAGCUAUGUGGAUCACCAAGGAAGAGUAUGACGAGUCCGGCCCCGGCAUCGUCCAUCGCAAGUGUUUCUAAGUAACUUACGUUUAAUUUUCGGUAGACGAGUUAGAUUACAUUUGCAUUACAAUAAAGCAAAUUAAUUAA